CUUCAAGGUAGACGCACGACCCUCAGGGAAGUUCAGUAGUGGUUGGGAGACAGGUGAGAGAAGACUGUAACUGGGAAGAUUAUCGCUGCAGCUCCUGGCAGUGUUGGCGGUGCUGGCAGAAGCGGCGGCGACAGCAGCGGUGCUGGUAACGGUGAAGUGGCUCAGUCCGCUUGAAGGGGUGAAGACUGAUGGCGUACCCUGGGCUGGAGAACCUGGCACAGAUGGACCAGGUGUUCAUCAAGCAACAGUUCGAAGUGUUUGAGAUUCUCUCAGGAUGCGAGAUGAACAACAAAUACGCGCUGAAGGACUCUAGGGGCCAGCAGUUCAUGAUGGCUAGGGAGGACACUGAUUGUUGUACACGGCAGUGCUGUGGCCCAGCCAGAGCCUUCGAGAUGGGUCUCUUUGAUAACCAGGAACAAGAGAUACUCCACCUCUCACGACCCUAUAAAUGCAGUAGUUGCUGUUGCCCUUGCUGUCUCCAGACCCUGGAGGUGUCCUGCCCAUCCACAGGAGCCACGUUAGGAAGCAUCCACCAAGAGUGGGGCUUCUGCACUCCCAUGAGUGGCAAAUUCUCUGUGAAGAACAUCUCCGAUGACACCCUCUUAACAAUCCAAGGUCCCUGCUGCGCCGUCGGUUGCGGUAGCGACGUUGUCUUCAAGGUGCUCACAGACGAUGGUUCUUCAGAGGUGGGUGAGAUCGUGAAGGUGUGGAGAGGGUGGUGUGCCGAGGCUCUUACAGAUGACGAGAACUUCAAAGUCACGUUUCCAGUUGAUCUGGAAGUUCAGAUUAAGGCGCUGCUCCUUGGAGCCGCCUUUCUCAUAGAUUUUCUGUAUUUCGAAACACAACGUAAUAAUUAAGUCAGAGCAGUUUGCUUCUGAUGCAUCCUCCCCUCUAUGUAACUUGUUGCAAUAUGAUGACGAGAGGAAGAGAAAUCUCUAAGCAAAGUUCCUGUAUUAUGAUAAAGAAGAAGUAAAAACGGAAGAAGAAUAUUGUGAGUGAGUUGUCGAAGCGUCACAAGCACAAGUCAUGAAAUAUCAACAUCCUCUGACAUCAGUACAGUCCUAGUACAAGUGUGUACUAGUACAAGUGUGAGUUAACUUUACUGACGAUCUUAGGGAGCUAUUGAUCUUAAUCUGUCCUCAGGAUUCCACAAAUAAACUGCAGACAACCUUCUGAGUUUACUUUGAAAGGCCCUUUGUAAUGGAACUCCCUCACAGGAACACAAGAACAGUAUAGACUCGCUGCGCUGUGACAUACUUGGAAAGCUUUUCUCAAACG